AUGAAGAAGGUAAGAAUCCAUAAUGAUCAUUUUGAUGAUGUUGAAAAAAUCAAUAGCUUGAUUGGAUUCAAUGAAAGUAAAAAUUAAGAAUGCGAUAAAUUGUUUGAUGAUAUUAAUAAAGAUCAAGAAAAUCUGAAUCAAUCGUUUACAUUAUUAAAAAAUGGAAUCAGAUAAAAAUAUUCAUUAUUAAAAGAAAGAUUUCUAUAAUUGAACUCAUUCUAAAUGAAUGAUUAUUUGAAUUCAACUGUCAAAUUUGUGGAAUACAAACAAUCAAUUACAAAAAUCAUUUCAGAUUAGACUAACAAAUUAAUUCAAACAUUUAAUAACUUAUAUUAAUAAUUAAAAUUAUCAUCUUUAAAUUAUUAUUAUAUUGAUGAAAAUUCUAUAAAACUAUCCAUAGAGUUAUUUGAUAAAGGUAAGCAUUUUAUGAAAAUUUAGGUUUUGGAUUAUAUGAGAAGGAUAAAUAUGCUGAGGCAAUAGAUAUAUUUGAUGCUUCAAUACAAUAAAAUCCAAAUAAUCAUUUAUCUUUAUGGUGUAAAGGUAAAAAUACUCGUUAAAUAAUAGGUUUGUGUUUAAAAUAGUUAAAUAACUAUGAGGAUGCAAUUACUUGGGUGGACAAAGCAUUAGUUAUUGAUCCUAAGCAUGUUUAUUCCUUAUUUGUAAAAGGUAAAUUGAAUCAUAAUUUUAUUAAUAGGUUAAUGUUUAAGAUAGUUAAAUAAAUAUGAGGAUGCAAUCACUUGGGUGGACAAAGCAUUAAUUAUUGAUCCUAAUGAUGCUGAUUACUUACAUGAAAAAGGUAAAUUGAAUCAUAAUUUUAUUAAUAGGUUAAUGUUUAAGAUAGUUAAAUAAAUAUGAGGAUGCAAUCACUUGGGUGGACAAAGCAUUAAUUAUUGAUCCUAAUGAUGCUGAUUACUUACAUGAAAAAGGUAAAUUGAAUCAUAAUUUUAUUAAUAGGUUAAUGUUUAAGAUAGUUAAAUAAAUAUGAGGAUGCAAUCACUUGGGUGGACAAAGCAUUAAUUAUUGAUCCUAAUGAUGCUGAUUACUUACAUGAAAAAGGUAAAUUGAAUCAUAAUUUUAUUAAUAGGUUAAUGUUUAAGAUAGUUAAAUAAAUAUGAGGAUGCAAUCACUUGGGUGGACAAAGCAUUAAUUAUUGAUCCUAAUGAUGCUGAUUACUUACAUGAAAAAGGUAAAUUGAAUCAUAAUUUUAUUAAUAGGUUAAUGUUUAAGAUAGUUAAAUAAAUAUGAGGAUGCAAUCACUUGGGUGGACAAAGCAUUAAUUAUUGAUCCUAAUGAUGCUGAUUACUUACAUGAAAAAGGUAAAUUGAAUCAUAAUUUUAUUAAUAGGUUAAUGUUUAAGAUAGUUAAAUAAAUAUGAGGAUGCAAUCACUUGGGUGGACAAAGCAUUAAUUAUUGAUCCUAAUGAUGCUGAUUACUUACAUGAAAAAGGUAAAUUGAAUCAUAAUUUUAUUAAUAGGUUAAUGUUUAAGAUAGUUAAAUAAAUAUGAGGAUGCAAUCACUUGGGUGGACAAAGCAUUAAUUAUUGAUCCUAAUGAUGCUGAUUACUUACAUGAAAAAGGUAAAUUGAAUCAUAAUUUUAUUAAUAGGUUAAUGUUUAAGAUAGUUAAAUAAAUAUGAGGAUGCAAUCACUUGGGUGGACAAAGCAUUAAUUAUUGAUCCUAAUGAUGCUGAUUACUUACAUGAAAAAGGUAAAUUGAAUCAUAAUUUUAUUAAUAGGUUAAUGUUUAAGAUAGUUAAAUAAAUAUGAGGAUGCAAUCACUUGGGUGGACAAAGCAUUAGUUACUGAUCCUAAGCAUGUUUAUUCCUUAAGUGAUAAAGGUAGGUUGAUCAAUAAUAUAUAAUAGGUGAAUGUUUAAGAUUAUUGAAAAAAUAUAAUGAAUCCUAAUAAUUUCUAGAUAAAGCACUCUCCAUCAAUCCUCAACAUACAUUUUCUCUUUAAGCAAAAGGUAUCUACAUCUUUAAUUUGCAGGAGAUUGCUUAAGGGAUUAAUAAAAAUACAAAGAAGCACUGAUUUAUUAUGAGAAAUCUUUAAAGAUUGACCAAAAUGAUUAAUAUUCAAAUAAAUAAAAGGGUAAUCAUAACUUAUUAAACUAGAAUUCUGCUAAAAGAAACUUAAUCAGUGA